CAGAAGGGACGCGCCACACCUGCUCUCCGCCGACCCCAGCCCCCGCCCCGGCGCCCAUGGCCUUGCCGGGACCCCGAGCCUUACGGGCUGCGCUCUGUGGUGGCUGUUGCUGCCUCCUCCUGUGUGCCCAGCUCGUUGUGGCUGGUAAAGGAGCUCGAGGCUUUGGGCGGGGAGCCCUGCUACGAAUGAACAUCUGGCCAGCUGUCCGAGGGACCUGCACACAGCUGAAGCUCUGUGAGCACUGUGUGGAGGGGGACAGAGCGCACAACCUCUCUGGCUGCGUGUGGGAACAAUGUCAGCCCGAGGAGCCAGGACACUGUGUGGACCAAGCUGAGGUGGUCAAGGAAGGUUGCUCUGUCUACAACCACUCAGAGUCAUGUCCAGCUGCCCACCACCACCCCACCUAUGAACCGAAGACAAUCACAACAGGCAGUCCUCCUGUCCCUGAGGCCCACAGCCCUGGCUUCGAUGGGGCCAGCUUCAUUGGAGGCAUCGUGCUGGUGCUGAGCCUACAGGCAGUGGCCUUCUUUGUGGUGCGCUUCUUCAAGGCCAAGGACAGCACCUACCAGACACUGUGA